AUGGAAACGAACGCCAACCCUGUUGCAGCAUGGGACCAGCUUGCCGAAAUCUGGGACACUUUGAUGGGAACUCCGGGCAACGAUUACUUCACAGUCAUCGAGCUGCCUGCUCUGGAACGUCUGGCACAGCCAAAGCCUGGUGAUUGUGCCUUGGAUCUUGCCACAGGGAAUGGCCUUGUAGCGCACUGGAUGGCUCAGAAAGGUGCCGGCGUACUCGCGACAGAUGGCAGUCCCGCUAUGGUUGCGCAUGCUCAAGCCCGACAGUCAAAGAGACUCAAGGAUGAUGAGGAUGAAGGGAAAGUCUCAUAUAAAAUCCUUGAUGUGACAAAUCCACAGCACUUCGAAGAGCUUAUCCAGUCUAAAGCUGGGGAAACUUUUGAUAUCAUUACUAUGAAUAUGGCAAUCAUGGAUGUCGCUACUCUAGAACACCUUGCCAAUGCACUGCCUAAACUGCUGAAAAGGGAUGGAGGCCGCUUUGUUGCAUCGCUAUUGCACCCUCUCUUCACCUGCGGCGUGAUAAGAGCAGUUGAAUAUAAGGACAAUCCAGAGACAGGUCGAGAGGAAGCAUUUCAUACCCUAAAGAUGACCAAAUACUUACAUGUGCCGCCCUACAAUGGCGUGACAACUCAAUCUCAACCUCACGCACAGCUAUACUUCCACCGUCCAAUGCACGAAAUUUUCGCCCCUUUUUUCAAGGCAGGCUUAGUCUUGGACGCUCUGGAAGAGCCCAACUUCGAUGAGGCCUAUAUUAAAGCAAGAGACUUGGAUACAGGUUCGCUCCGGCAGUUUACACAGUUCCCUAAGAUUCUUGCCUUCAGAAUGAAGAUUGCUUGA